AUGCCAAUAUUAAGAACCGUAGUUGACCCUGAGGAGAGUCACAAGCUCGCCGUGUGGAUGGCAAAAUGGCGAUUAACCGCAAAAGAUAGGGUCCCGGAUGAUGAAAAAUUGUCUGUGAGGAUUUUUGGGAGAAAAAUUACGAAUCCCAUUGGUUUGGCAGCAGGAUUUGAUAAAAAUGGUGAAGCCAUAGAUGGUUUGUUUGAUCUUGGAUUUGGUUACGUGGAAAUUGGAAGUGUCACUCCUGAACCACAGCCAGGAAACCCUCCGCCAAGGCUGUUUCGCCUAAAUAAUGACAAAUCGGUGAUCAACCGUUAUGGGUUUAAUUCGCACGGACACAAAGCAAUAGAAGUUCGACUUCGAGAUCGACUCCGAAAAUACUUUUACCGCGAAAUGAAACUCCAUCCUACAACCACCGCCACAAUGAUCGCCGAGGGCACCUCACUGUCGGAUGCGCUCGGAGUCAAUAGGAGUUUGAGGGAGGGUAAACUAUUGGGAAUAAAUUUAGGAAAAAACAAAUGGAGUGAUCCAGAAUCAGUGGAUGAUUAUGUGAAAGGAAUAAGAACACUUGGCGGCUAUGCCGACGUAUUGAUCAUAAAUGUGAGUAGUCCUAAUACUCCUGGGUUAAGAGGAUUACAAAGGAAAGGGAUCUUUGAAAGGCUUCUUAAGGAGGCGGUUUCUUCACGUGAUGAGUUAAAAGAACCGCGUCCUGCGCUGUUGGUUAAAAUCGCGCCUGAUCUUUCAGAUGAAGAAUUAGAGGACAUUGCCGAUGCCGCGGUUCAUAGUAACGUCGACGGUGUGAUCGUCUCAAACACAUCAAUUUCAAGGCCCUCGUCGUUGAAAAGUGGUGGUUUAUCGGGACCUCCUAUAAAGAGUUUAUCGCUCAGAGCCUUACGAAAAAUAUAUCAACGUACCAAUGGCAAACUCACACUUAUUGGCUGCGGGGGAAUUGAUAGUGCUGAAGACGCUCUGGAAUAUGCAAAAGCCGGUGCCACAUCAGUACAACUUUAUACUAGUUUUGGAUAUGACGGGGUUGGUAAAGCAAGAGAAAUUAAAGAUGGUUUGGUCAAACUAUUGAAGGACAAAAAAUGGACUGAUAUGAUUGGAAAAGGAGAAAUGGAUAAUACAAAUCCCGAGGAUAAAAUUAACUAA